UUCGACCAGGCUUCAUGUUCCUUGUUUCUCUUAAAGGUUCCUCGAUCGAUAUCAAGGAAGCUUAAAAAAGAAUAUCUAUCGAUCGAGAAGCCAGUUUAUGUGACAGUGUGGCGAGCAUAUCCCAGGGGACAGAGGUUCGUGUGUUGCCGUCGGUGAAUAUGAGAAGUAUCAGCAAGCCAUCAUGUUGAACGCGGAGACAGCUUUAAUGGGAGAGGAGGAGACUGUGCAAAUAAUUUCAGGGAAGAGCGGCAAACUUCAGCCCCACUGCAUGAUGGAAGACUUAUCCAUGAAAUCGCCUCCCACGCUCAUUCCACUGACAUCAGAUUACACCGAGGAUGACUCCAACCCGGCUGUUGAAAAUAGCUCAGUUGAGCGACAGUUACCCUCAAAGACCAUACGUUCAUGUUCCUGCUGUUGGCCCCAAAUCAGUCCCUUCUUCAGGCAGCUAAUCUUGACCAUCGUGACGGGCAUGGGGGGUCUCGCAAUCGGGACAAUCUAUGCCUAUCCUGCUGUAGCCUUAGCGCGGUGGGAGGAUGCCGAUUUGAAGCUUUCUACCACACAGAUCACAUGGUUCGCGUCCACGCCAAUGGUAGUAUCAGUGGUGAUCAGCGCCGUGGCUGGGGUGGUGGUGGAGCGCCUUGGAGUCCGCCUGUGUCUGACCAUCAGCACAUGCGUCCUCUGCUUCACCUGGGUCAUGAUCGCCAAGGCCACAGGCUUCUGGGUGCUUCUAGUUGCUCGAGUCCUUCAAGGCAUUGUAGCUUCGGUGAAUAUGGUUGUGAUAGUAGUGUACCCCGCAGAGGUGAGUCAAGUACAAUGGCGGGGCAUCAUGAUUGGUGUGAUUGAGGCUAUGAUAAUGCUGGGUGCCUUACUGACCUACCUAGGAGGUCUUAUCCUUUCCCCAAGCCUUCUUGCCUUCACCUUCGCCGCUUUUCUCGUGCCCCCACUAGUACUCUUCUUCUUCUUGAGGGAGUCACCGCUGUGGCUGGCGCGGAGGGACCGCGAGGAUGAUAUCGUGGAAACACUCGUAUGUCUUCGAGGUAACAGUGUUGACAUAAAGCCUGAACUUGAGCUUGUCAAGUCUACUGUCUGCACAGAGAAAGUACAUAAUCCCGCAUCUGCAGAACAGCUGAUGUUGUUCAGAAAACCUGGUUACUUAAGAUCCAUCGUUCUUUGUAUCUUAGUCUUACUCUUUAAAGAGUUAACUGGGCAAUACGCUGUCCUAAUCUAUACGGUCAAGAUGUUCCAGUUGGUGGGUUCCACUCUAGAUCCUUACUGGUGUGCAGUGGUGAUGGGCAUGGCACGAUUCUUACCCUGCUUUCUAUCCUGGAUAUUAAUAGAAAGACUUCCACGCCGUCUCCUGCUGUCCACUUGCAUGACAGUGACGGCCGUAUCCCUUGCAAUUCUUGGGGUCUUCCUGUCAGUGUGGUCAGACUCAAGGGAGGACCUUGUUCCACACAUGGGAUUGGUGCCUGUCGUGUGCCUCUCAAUAUUCACUCUAGCCUAUGGGAUUGGCAUCGGCCCCAUCUCAUGGACAAUAGUGGAGGAGCUCCUCCCUUCGCAAGUAAGGAACAUUGGCACUGGAAUCAUCAAUGUUUGCUUCAGUAUUUUCCAGAGCAUUGUGGGAUUGACUUUCCCUUUCAGUGUAAUGGUUGUAGGAGUGGGCGGAGUGUUCAUCGCAUACUCCUUGUGUUCACUGUGUGGAGUAAUCUUUGUGGUCACCUGUCUACCAGAGACCCAAGGGAGAUCCUUUACAGAGAUACAGACUAAGUUAUCAAAAGAAAAUACCAGCGUAAUGUAAGGACUUGUAUAUUUUCCUCUUUUAUCAUUAAUACAUUCAAGAAGUUAUUGUAAAUAAAAUUGUGAUUACAA